AUGGUUGGUCAGCAGUAUUCCAGUGCUCCACUCCGCACAGUUAAGGAAGUUCAGUUUGGCCUCUUCUCUCCGGAGGAGGUUCGUGCUAUCAGUGUAGCCAAGAUUAGAUUUCCCGAGACAAUGGAUGAGACUCAGACGAGAGCUAAGAUAGGAGGCUUGAAUGAUCCAAGGUUAGGUUCUAUUGACCGUAAUUUGAAAUGUCAAACAUGCCAGGAAGGUAUGAAUGAAUGUCCUGGUCAUUUUGGCCAUAUAGAUCUUGCAAAACCUGUUUUCCACAUUGGAUUUCUCUCCAAGAUCAAGAAGGUUUGUGAAUGUGUUUGUAUGCAUUGUGGUAAAUUGUUACUAGAUGAACACAAUGAACAAAUGCGACAAGCACUUAAAAUCAAAGACUCAAAAAAAAGAUUUAACGCCAUCUGGACUCUUUGUAAAAGUAAAAUGAUUUGUGAAACUGAAGUACCAUCCGAAGAUGAUCCAACCAAGUUGGUAUCGAGAGGCGGCUGUGGUAAUGCACAACCAACAGUUCGGAGAGAUGGAUUAAAACUAGUGGGGAGCUGGAAGAAGGAAAAAAAUACAGGGGAUGCCGAGGAGCCUGAGCAAAGAGUUUUGACAAUGGAAGAAAUUUUAAACAUUUUCAAACACAUAUCUCCAGAGGAUUCAACGAGAAUGGGAUUCAAUGAACAGUACUCGCGCCCUGAAUGGAUGAUUUUAACGGUAUUACCCGUUCCGCCACCUCCAGUCAGGCCUUCGAUUUCCUUCAACGAAUCACAAAGAGGAGAGGACGAUCUAACUUUCAAGUUGGCCGAUAUUUUAAAGGCAAAUAUAAGUUUAGAGACGUUAGAGCAUAAUGGUGCUCCACAUCAUGCCAUUGAAGAGGCUGAAAGUUUACUUCAGUUCCAUGUUGCGACCUAUAUGGAUAAUGAUAUUGCUGGACAGCCUCAGGCCUUACAAAAGUCAGGACGUCCCGUCAAAUCUAUCCGUGCUCGUUUAAAAGGUAAAGAAGGCCGUAUUAGAGGUAAUCUGAUGGGUAAACGUGUUGACUUCUCGGCACGUACCGUUAUUUCAGGUGAUCCCAACCUCGAGCUAGACCAAGUGGGUGUCCCUAAAUCCAUUGCCAAAACUCUAACAUAUCCUGAGGUUGUCACACCGUAUAAUAUUGACAGCCUGACACAGCUCGUUCGCAAUGGUCCAAAUGAGCACCCGGGUGCCAAAUAUGUUAUCCGUGACAAUGGCGAUCGUAUCGAUCUUAGAUACAGUAAGAGAGCGGGUGACAUACAGUUACAGUACGGAUGGAAAGUUGAGCGCCAUAUAAUGGAUAAUGACCCAGUUUUGUUCAACCGUCAACCUUCUCUACACAAAAUGUCAAUGAUGGCCCAUAGAGUCAAAGUUAUGCCUUACUCAACAUUUAGACUAAAUUUAUCUGUUACUUCUCCAUACAAUGCGGAUUUCGAUGGUGAUGAAAUGAACUUGCAUGUUCCACAAUCGGAAGAAACGAGAGCUGAAUUAUCUCAGCUGUGUGCAGUUCCUUUACAAAUUGUAUCACCACAAUCCAAUAAGCCCUGCAUGGGGAUUGUUCAGGAUACAUUGUGUGGUAUACGUAAGCUUACACUUCGGGAUAAUUUCAUUGAGCUAGACCAGGUGUUGAAUAUGCUAUAUUGGGUACCUGAUUGGGAUGGUGUAAUCCCAACUCCGGCAAUUAUUAAGCCCAAACCGCUAUGGACAGGGAAGCAGAUAUUAUCAAUAGCAAUUCCUAAAGGUAUACAUUUACAACGUUUUGAUGAGGGAACUACAUUAUUGUCACCGAAGGAUAAUGGUAUGCUUAUAAUCGAUGGACAGAUCAUUUUUGGUGUCGUCGAGAAGAAAACUGUGGGGUCCUCAAGUGGUGGGCUUAUCCACGUGGUAACGAGAGAAAAGGGUCCUCAAGUGUGUGCAAGACUGUUCGGAAACAUUCAAAAGGUAGUCAACUACUGGUUUUUGCAUAAUGGUUUCUCUACAGGUAUCGGUGAUACCAUUGCUGAUGGCCAAACGAUGAGAGAAAUCACCGAAACGAUUGCAGACGCUAAGAAAAAGGUCGAAGAUGUUACUAAGGAAGCUCAAGCAAAUCUUUUGACAGCCAAACACGGUAUGACAUUGCGUGAGUCGUUUGAGGAUAACGUUGUUAGAUUUUUGAAUGAAGCGAGAGAUAAAGCGGGUCGUUUAGCCGAAGUGAAUCUAAAGGACCUGAACAAUGUUAAACAGAUGGUAAGCGCAGGUUCCAAAGGUUCUUUCAUCAACAUCGCACAGAUGUCUGCUUGUGUUGGACAGCAAUCCGUCGAGGGUAAGCGUAUCGCUUUUGGUUUCGUUGAUCGGACCUUGCCUCAUUUUUCAAAAGAUGAUUAUUCACCAGAAUCCAAAGGGUUUGUUGAAAACUCUUACUUGAGAGGCUUGACACCUCAAGAAUUCUUUUUCCACGCCAUGGGUGGUCGUGAGGGUUUAAUCGAUACCGCCGUGAAAACUGCGGAAACAGGUUAUAUCCAACGUCGUUUAGUCAAGGCUUUAGAAGAUAUUAUGGUUCAUUAUGACAGUACAACUAGAAAUUCACUGGGAAAUGUCAUUCAAUUCGUCUACGGUGAAGAUGGGGUUGAUGCAUCUCAUAUUGAAAAGCAAUCGAUAGAUACAAUCGGAGGCUCUGAUCUUGCUUUUGAACGGAAAUAUAGGAUUGACCUCUUGAGCGACGACUAUUUGUUAGAUCCCUCACUGUUAGAACCGGGAACUGAAAUGGUGGGAGACAUAAAAUUGCAAGCCCUUCUUGAUGAGGAACACACACAAUUGGUCAGCGACCGUACUUUCCUAAGAAAGAUAUUUCCUGAUGGUGAACCAAAUUGGCCACUUCCUGUCAAUAUUAGACGUAUAAUUCAAAAUGCACAGCAAACUUUUAGAAUUGAUCACACAAAGCCAUCUGACUUGAGCAUUCGCGACAUUAUUGGUGGUGUAAGAGAGUUGCAAGACAGAUUACUCGUUUUGAGAGGUGAAAGUAGUAUUAUCAAGCAGGCUCAAAAGGACGCUGUUAAACUGUUCGGUUGUUUAAUGCGUUCAAGAUUGGCUACAAAGAGGGUAAUACAAGAGUAUAGACUAACGAAACAAGCUUUUGAAUGGGUGCUGAACAAUAUUGAAAUUCAAUUUUUGCGUUCUCUUGUUCAUCCUGGUGAAAUGGUUGGUGUACUGGCUGCUCAGUCUAUUGGUGAGCCUGCUACACAAAUGACACUAAAUACUUUCCAUUUUGCAGGUGUUGCUUCCAAGAAGGUGACAUCUGGUGUCCCACGUUUGAAGGAAAUUUUAAAUGUCGCAAAGAAUAUGAAAACUCCCUCCUUGACUGCUUAUUUAGAGCAUGAUUAUGCUGUCGAUCAGGAAAAAGCAAAGUUUAUUAGAUCAGCCAUUGAGCAUACAACUUUAAAAAGUGUUACGGUGGCAUCUGAAAUUUAUUAUGAUCCUGACCCACGUUCUACCGUUAUCCAAGACGAUGAGGAAAUUAUCCAGUUGCACUUCUCCUUAUUGGAUGAUGAAACAGAGAAAUCUCUAGACCAACAGUCACCAUGGCUGUUGCGUUUAGAACUGGACCGUGCAGCCAUGAACGAUAAGGAUCUAACAAUGGGUCAGGUAGGUGAGAAAAUAAAGGAGACAUUCAAAAAUGAUCUUUUUGUAAUAUGGUCUGAAGACAAUGCUGAAAAAUUAAUCAUUCGUUGUCGUGUUGUCCGCCCUAAAUCAAUGGACUUGGAAACAGAAGCGGAAGAGGAUCAUAUGCUGAAAAAGAUUGAAAAUACUAUGCUUGAAAACAUUACUCUGCGUGGUGUUGAAAAUAUUGAGAGAGUCGUGAUGAUGAAAUACGAUCGUAAAGUUCCAAGUGAAACGGGAGAGUAUCAAAAGGUGCCAGAGUGGGUUUUAGAGACCGAUGGUGUCAAUCUCUCAGAAGUCAUGACAGUGCCUGGUGUCGAUUCUACUAGAAUAUAUACCAAUUCUUUCAUUGACAUUAUGGAAGUACUUGGUAUUGAAGCUGGUCGUGCUGCUCUUUACAGAGAAGUGUAUAAUGUCAUCGCAUCCGAUGGUUCUUAUGUUAACUACCGUCAUAUGGCUCUUUUGGUAGAUGUAAUGACGACUCAAGGUGGAUUGACCUCGGUCACUCGUCAUGGGUUUAAUAGAUCGUCAACCGGUGCUUUAAUGAGAUGUUCCUUUGAAGAAACGGUCGAAAUUCUAUUUGAAGCGGGGGCUAGCGCUGAAUUGGAUGACUGCCGUGGUGUUUCAGAAAACGUGAUUUUAGGACAGAUGGCUCCAAUAGGUACUGGCGCUUUUGAUGUUAUGAUCGACGAGGAUUCGCUUGUUAGUUACAUGCCAGAGCAGAAAAUAACUGAACUGGAAGAUGGUCAAGAUGGAGGUGCUACUCCUUACUCAAAUGAAAGUGGUUUGGUCAACACGGAAAUUGAUGUUAAAGGUGAACUGAUGUUUUCUCCAUUGGUCGACUCUGGUACAUCAGAUGCUAUGACUGGUGGAUUCACAGCUUAUGGCGGUGCUGAAUACGGCGGCAACUCUUCUCCAUUCGGCACAUAUGGUGAUUCACCUACUUCACCAGGGUUUGGAGGCGUUUCUUCGCCAGGUUUUUCCCCUACCUCUCCAGCUUAUUCUCCAACUUCCCCAGGCUACAGUCCUACGUCACCAAGUUACAGUCCAACGUCACCAAGCUAUAGUCCAACGUCACCAAGCUACAGUCCAACGUCACCAAGCUAUAGUCCAACGUUACCAAGUUACAGCCCAACUUCACCAAGCUAUAGUCCAACUUCACCAAGCUAUAGUCCAACGUCACCAAGCUAUAGCCCCACGUCACCAAGCUAUAGCCCUACGUCACCAAGCUAUAGCCCCACAUCGCCAAGCUAUAGCCCUACAUCACCAAGUUAUAGCCCUACAUCACCCAGCUAUAGCCCUACAUCACCAAGCUAUAGUCCAACGUCACCAAGCUAUAGUCCAACGUCACCAAGUUACAGUCCAACUUCACCGAGUUAUAGCCCAACAUCUCCUAGUUAUAGCCCAACAUCUCCAAGCUAUAGCCCAACAUCUCCGCAAUAUAGUCCAACAUCUCCAAGCUAUAGCCCAACAUCUCCACAAUAUAGUCCCGGCUCUCCUAGUUAUUCUCCAAACUCGCCCAACAAAGAUGGGCAAGAUGGUGAAGACAAUGCCGGGAAUGGAACUCAAUAA